AUGAAUUUGUCUCUCUACAGCAUCCAGUCGUUCAUCAUCCUGGAUAGCGAGGGUUCUCGUGUCCUGGCCAAAUAUUACAAUCCCAAAAGCUAUCCGCAGGGCGAGUCUAAAGAGUUUACCACUUUGAAGGAGCAGAAGGCAUUCGAGAAGGGCGAUAUCAUCUUGUACGAUGGGCACCUUGCAGUAUACAAGCAUUCUUUGGACCUCAUCAUGUACUUGAUUGCUGGUCCCACCGAAAACGAGCUCAUGCUUUCGACGGCGCUGAACAACUUCUUCGAGGCCCUUUCCCUUUUGUUACGCAAUCAGGUCGAAAAGAGGAACGUAUUGGAGAAUCUGGAUCUGGUGUUGUUGUGUCUGGACGAAACUAUCGACGAUGGUAUCAUCGUCGACACCGACUCGACCGCCAUCGCUUCGCGCAUCGUGCAAUAUACCCAGAAGAGGGUCAGCGGGAUAAACGACUUGGAGAGGAGGCUGAACACGCUGGGAUAUCGUAUCGGAACGCGGGUGCUCGAGUUGAUGGUAUGGCGAGCUGAAGCUGCCUCCAAAGCCCCUAAGCGCGAGAUACGCUUCCUGCCGGCUCUAAUGUCCAUCCAUACACAAGUAUGGCGUGCGGUGUUUGGAAAACCGGCUGACGCGAUUGAGAAGAGUGUCGAGAAUGCGGACGAGUACAUGAUCGUCGACAACGACCCACUCGUCGAGCGAUAUAUAUCCGUUCCGAAAGACAUGAGUCAACUCAGCUGCUCCUCGUUUACUGCUGGUAUCGUUGAGGCCGUGUUGGAUGGUCUGGGAUUUCCCGCUCGCGUUACUGCUCACAAUACCCCCACGGCCCAGCAUCCCUCACGCACAACCAUUCUCAUCAAGCUCGAAAAGUCGGUGUUAGAGCGGGAGGAGGUUCUCAAGUGA